CUUCCUUUCAAGAUGGAGCCUGUUCCAACCAAGGUGGCGGCCAAGGGCCCUGUGCAGUCUGUUCAAGUGUUCGGCAGGAAGAAAACUGCCACUGCAGUAGCCCACUGCAAAACAGGUAAUGGAUUGAUCAAGGUGAAUGGAAGGCCUCUAGAUCUCAUUGAGCCCCAGACCCUCAAAUACAAGAUCCAGGAGCCCCUUCUCCUUUUGGGCAAGGAUCGCUUCGCUGGUGUUGACAUCAGAGUAAGAGUGAAGGGUGGUGGUCAUGUUGCACAGAUCUAUGCUAUUAGACAAGCCAUUUCCAAAUCACUGGUAGCUUAUUACCAGAAAUACGUUGAUGAGGCCAGCAAGAAAGAAAUCAGGGACAUCCUUGUCACAUAUGACAGAUCACUAUUAGUUGCUGAUCCCAGGCGUUGUGAGCCUAAGAAAUUUGGCGGUCCAGGUGCACGUGCCCGCUACCAGAAAUCAUACCGUUAAAAUGUGCGCUUUACAUUAUGUAUAUAACAUAAGAAAUAAAUAAAAAAAGGACCUGAUAUAA